UUGAAAAGAUGAAAACUCUUGGCAUCUUCGCUAAUGUUGAUCGUUGAUACCCUGAGCAGGCGCACCUUCCUCCCCAAAGAUCGCAGCAUCUUUCACUAGAGCAGUCGAAUCGCAGUUGGUGACCCCAAAACCCAACUCAGAGGAAUCUACUUGACUCAACUUUUAAAUCCAGGGAAGCUAUUUUAGUUUUAGAAAAAUGGACCCAUUAUCUCUAUUUUUAGUGGCGAUUCUCUUUUUUCAUAGCUCAGAGUACGUUUUAGCAGUUGCAAUUCAUGGGAUAUCAAAUGUUAAUCCCAGUUCACUUCUUGUCAGCAAAGGAUAUGUUUUAGCCAUGGUCUUCUCAUUGGUCGAAUACUUUUUGGAACUCCUAUUAUUCCCUGGACCUAAGGAACAUUUGUGGGUCAGUAAUCUGGGGCUGCUGAUGGUUGUUGUAGGGGAAAUUGUAAGGAAACUGGCUAUUGUAACUGCGGGUCGGUCUUUUACACAUUUGAUUAGGGUUCGUCAUGAGGAUCAUCAUAGGUUGGUUACUAGUGGAGUUUAUGCAUUCGUUCGUCAUCCGAGUUAUUGCGGUUUCCUGAUUUGGUCGGUUGGUACCCAGAUAAUGCUUUGUAAUCCCAUAUCCACUGUUGGUUUUGCUGUUGUUGUUUGGAGGUUUUUCGCUGCACGGAUUCCUUAUGAGGAGUAUUUUUUGAGGCAGUUUUUUGGGGCAGAUUAUGAGGAGUAUGCUCGAAGAGUUCCUUCUGGGGUUCCAUUUGUGAUGUGAAGAUUUUGGAUUAUGUUUGUAGGAACUGACUGAAGAGCAUUUUUUUGGUGUGAUUUGAAUUCUGUAGCUUGGGGCUUGGUCUUGUUUUAAUAGUAGUAGAUAUUAGAAACUUGGCUAUUAUGACCACGGUUAGUCGAUUAAGCAUUUGAUUAUGGAACAUUGCAAGGUAGCUUGAUGGAGUUUAUGGAUUGGUUCAUCCUAUGUGUCAUUAAGGUUUCUUGUUUGGUAAAUUUGUAAUCAGAUAACGCUCGGUUAUCCUGUGCUAGUGAUAGUUUUGCUGUUAUGGUUUGGCAGUUCUUUGCAAAGGAUCCCUUUCGAUGGGCUUUUUGUUGAAGGAAAUUUUGGGGGCAGAUUAUGAUUAUGCACAAAAUCUUU